AUGGUCUACGGCUCGCUCUAUCGGCCGCGGCCGCCAGCCACCCGCCCGAGCGAAACGGCCCGCAGUGACGCGCCCACGUCGGCCCCGGACCCGCCCCCGCAACCGCUCGAGGCCAGUCGCAUCGCCCCCGACGCGUACCUCACGUUCACGGCGCAACAACAGGACGCGCUGGUGCACGACGCGCGGGCCAAUGCCGCAGCGCUAUUGGUCGACGCCGUCGCCGACGCCGACAAGUGGCAGUUCGUCACCACGCGCGGGCCACUCAAUGUGUACGAACUGCGGGCGGACGCGAUGCACCGCGUGUCGAGUAUGAUGCCGGCGGACGCGUCGCGGCUGCCACACAACAUGCACACAAUGCUCGCGACCACGCGCGUGCGGGCGACGCUGGACGACUUUAUGCGGCUCAUGGCGUCGGCCCAGCGGGACACGUUCCAGAACGUCCAAGCGGCGCUGUUCCAAGAGCGCGUGCAGAUGGCCGACGUGUUUACGAGCUUUGGGAGCCUCCCGAGCGGACGGCGCGGACGCACGUCGUCCACCUCGUCCACCACCAGCAGCUCCAGCGCCGCGCGGUCGCCCCGUCAAGGCACGGAAUCCGAGCAGUACGCCAUCAAGUACGUGUCGAUCAAAGGCCGCAACAACCGCACGCACUCGAGCGCCGCGCUCAGUGCCACGUCGGCGUCCACGUCGCUCAAGUUCGGUGGCAAGAACCGCCAUCGCGAGCGCCAGGCGGCUCGGCUGCACCACCAUGGCAAGAAACGGGGCCACAAGGGCGUGGCGGACGCCGAUAGUGCACAGGAGGAACAGGGACUGACGCUGUGUCUGGCCGAGUACGCGACGAUCCGCCACGCGCGGCUCCGGGGCCCCAUGGCUCACAAUCAAGCGCAGGACUUUGACGAUCCACGCGUGGGGAUCAUCUCGCAGCACUCGAUCGAAGACCCAGCGGUCACGCGGUACUGCAAACCCAUUCUGACGCCCGGGACCAGCGGCAGCUCGACGAGCACGUCCAAGUUGAUGACGUCGUCGUCGUCGUCACAGGCAGCAGCUGCUGACUUUGCGUUGACGGCGCGAGCGUUGAUGCAGUUUUCAGGACUGGUGGUGUACCCUGUUGCGUCGUCGGUUGCUGGGGACAAUGCACUAGAAGUGCUGAUCAAGUUUAGCUGCUACGAUGCGAAUGGCGUGACGAGCACGCGACGACAGAACAUGCUGGCAUACUUGACGGCUUUUCAGCAGCUGGAUACUGCGCUGCUGGUCAUGCGUCUGCGCGAGUCGCCGUACUUGACGUCUGAGAACUGGGUCAAGUCUCGGAAAAGCUGUUGUGUGUGCCAGGGCAAGUUCUCCAUGUCACGUCGGAAACACCACUGCCGUCUGUGUGGAGACGUCGCGUGCUCCAAGUGCUCGGAGGUGCACCAGAUCAAGCUGGGCAAGGCAGGCAAGUGUCCAUUCCGUAUCUGCAUCAAUUGCGUGCACGGAAUGGAUGACAACCAGCUAUUGAGCCGAGGGCGGAUGAACAACCAGGUCCAGAACGCAGGUCAGCCGUCCAGGACACCAGUGAACAGCAUCAAGGCUUUGCGUCGUCGACUUGGCAGUGGCAACGUACUACGCAACCCCGAGGAUGAUGAUGAGAACAGUCGUAAGCUGUCGACGAGCUCGAAUGGUGGCGGCGAUGGCUCGGACAUGUAUGGCUCGCGGAGUCUGCUGUCAUCCCACACUAUGGCAAGUGAAGACCGGACGUUGUACAGUAUGUCGGAAGGCACAACGAGUAGUUUUAGCAGCAGCCAAGGCCUCGGAGGUUUUGGUAAAAGCGGCAGCUCCAAGACACUGAGCAUUCGGGGAAGCAGUCUCGGUAGCAGCUUCUACAAACCGAGCAACGCGAGCAACGCUACAACUGUGAGCAGCUCUCGCGGAAGCCGCUUUGAUUACGAGAGCGAGAAUGACGUCGAAGGGAACGACGUCGAAGGCAAAGACGUUGAUAGCGACACGGAGAAAGCGGCGGAGGAGAUUCGACGUGCGUCUCGAGAAGUAGAGAAGGAACCUGAAGUUGACUCGAGCAUGGAUCUGGACUUGAUUGAGGCGAUCGAAGUUGAAUCCGACUGUUCGUCGACGCCGUCGUCCCCCAGCAGUGUCGUAAUGCAGAGCGACCAGUUCUACAAGCGGUUCUCUGAGGUGUCGUUGAUGGAUUUCCACGACUCGGAGUUUGAUUUGUCCAUCAAGGGCGGGUUUUCCAGCAGUAGGGGCGGGCGUUUCACGAACAAGUCUGCGCUAGAGAGCUUCGACUUUGAUGACUCGGAGGCUGACGCUGAUUCGGACCGAGGAGAUCUGGAUGGCAUUGGCGAAGAGGAGAACGAAGACGACGAAGACGAGGAAGACGAGGACGAAGAGGACGAGGACGAAGAGGACAUUUGCGACUAUGACAUUCACGAACUGGACGGGCCUGACCUCGAUCAUGACGACGAGGACGAUGGAAUGGAAUUCCACGACUCGAACGUUGGGAUCGACUUCAAGCUGCAGGACCUCAACUUGCACGAUUACCACAGCCUCGACGAACUGAAAGAAGGUGACGAAGAGUACGAUGAGGAGAUUCUGGAAGAGAUCCACACUGACAUGGUGCUGGGCAGGUCCGGCGUGGGUACAUCCGCAGGCGAAGAGCGUGCUGCUCGUCUCGCAGAGUACGGCAUCAUGGACUCGGGCAAGGAGAAUAUCUACGACCUGGUCGCCAAGCAGGCGGCCCAGCACGCCAGCUGUUCACUGUCAACGAUUAGUUUCGUGGACGCCCGGCGCGAAUUCAUCAAGUCUAGCUUCGGGCUGGCACAGGAGCUGAGUGAGGUGCCCAUUUCGCACUCGCUCACCGCAGAGGUCAUGCGGCGCUUUCCUGCUGCCAAUGGUCCCGUUGCUCACCGCGGAAGCAGCAGUGAUGGAAAAGCUGAGGAUGAUGCCGAGGUUGUGAUCGUGCUGGACGCAAGGCAAGAUAACGGUCUGUCUACUAAUUUAUUCGUUGCCGAGGCGCCCAAGUUGCGCUUCGUCAUGGGCGUGCCGUUCCGGGCACGCGAUGGCACUGUACUUGGGGCGCUUAUCGUAGCAGACGCCCAGCCUCGCACAUCCGUGACGCCGCGACAGUGCUCGCUGCUAAAAGACCUUGCCGAGCAGGUGAGCGCAUUGCUCGAAGACUUGUGGACCCGCAAUCAGGAGCGCACCAAGUUAGCCGGUUCACAGCCUGGUCAGAUGCACGACAAGCUCGCGGACUUGUUGUCGCAGUCGUAUACCACAGGUUUGCAGAUGCAGCAGAACGAGUUGAAGAUUCUGGAGCAGUCGUCGUCAUCGAUGGGCUCGUCCUCCGCGACGCACAAACCGCUGUACGCCAAGGACUUUCAUCACAUGCAGAGCGUGGAAUUAUGA